CUGUGGAGAGCCUCUUCUUCCACUGCUUCAAGAUUGAAUUGGUUUUUGUGAAGGGAAGAAAACCAGAGAACACAGAGUUGCUGAAAAACUGUUGAAGCAAAGAUGAGAACCGACAACAAACUCAACUCACAUGUGACGCUGGGUCCAGGAUUGGAACCUGGGCCACAUCAGUGGGAAGCGAACGUUCUAACCACUGUGCCAUCCCCGCUCCCCAUAAAAGGAAACAAACAUGGGACACCAACCUAAAAAUUCUGAAAAGAACUUGUGAUCACCAAACUGCAAUGGUGGAUCAAACGUUUACCCCCAAAUUCGCCAAAAUUGGUGAGAAAACAUGCUUUCCUUCUCAACUUCUAGGUGACAGGAAGAUUUAGCCUGUAUCAAGAAGAUUCCGCAAAGACACCCGCAUAAAUCUGGGAGAGAUGGCAUAGAUGUAACUGUGACCCAACUUAAUUUUAAGAUUUUUUAGAUUGUACAUAUCUUUAUUUCUCAGGACCCCUAUGGAUACCGCAGUCCUUGAUGCUGAAUGGGCUACCGCGGUAAAAUAAAGUUUCUUACUUAUUUACUAAUUUAAACAUGGUUUAGUUCCAUGAAAUAUCCAUUCCUUCCCCACAGAAGGGCUUUUUUUUAAGUUUCAUACUUUUCUUUAAAUUUUUUGGUCAUAAACUUACCCUUUUCCUUGUCAUUCUAUACCCCCCACCAACUUCCUUCUCUCGUGAACUCUCUCUACAAUCCCACUUACCCCAAGAAGAGUCACAUAACAAAGUGAUGCAGGUGGAGAUGGCCAUAACAGUGGUCAUGAGAGAGUUGGACAUUGGGGCACUGGGGUUGGGAGGGGGGGUGAGUGGGAAGCUGGCAUUUCUUUACUAAUACUUAUAAAUACUCUCAUACCAUGGGCUUCUGCUCCAACUGAUGGGUAGUAAGUGCCACUGGCCAAACCCUAGGUUUCACUGAGCUGAGAGAGCAACGAAUCUAAGACUUACCCAAAGUUCCACAAAGACUUCCCACAAAGUUCUAUGCUCAGCCCCAAGGUCCAACCACUCACCCUUUUGUACACCACUUUGACGGAAAAGAUGCCCCUUUUGUAUGCCUUUACUAGAAAAAAGGUGCCCCUUUCACAUACUGUACCAUAUUGUGAAUAAAUCACCAAAAAAGGAAGUCUUCUUGUCAUUUUCAUGUAGUGCCUAAUAAAUUAAAUGAUGGCCAUGAGGUGCAUCUGUUAAAGUAACUAAAUGACAGAUUUUCCUAUAUUUUUACACACCAGCUUGUGAAAUCCCUACCCUGUUAUGUACCUGAAGCCAGAAGAGAGAACCCCCUUUGGGUGGAGGCUCCUUGUAUAGGGAAUACCCCCCGGGACUCCAGCCCUAGGCUCGCUCAACCCCUUUUAACUUCCGGUAGCCUUCGGGUGGAAAAUAGAUAGGGAGGGAAGAGAUUUUAUUCCCUGGGGAGACCUUAGCCUGACCCAUAACUGCAGAUCAACAUUGACACUGGAACCCUUGGAGGAAUCGAAAUUCUCGGAAAGCUGAAGGCAUUGUGUUACGUGCGUACAACAAAGGAUGCUGGGGCGGCAUCAUGGCGGAAGAAGAGAAGCCCGCCAUCGUAAAACGAGUGAAGAAAGAAGAGGAUGGUGGAGAUAUCAACUUGACUGACGAAGUUUUAGUUAACUUGCCGGUCAAGGAUUUAAACAGCGUUCUGCGUGGCGUCUCAGAUGACGAGGUGUACCGAAUUAAGCAGAGGAGGAGAACGUUGAAGAACCGCGGUUACGCUCAAAACAGUCGGACGAAACGUGUACGACAAAAAGAGGAUUUAGAGGUGGAGAGGCAGCAACUUCGUGAAGACUUAGAGCAGCUUUCCAGAGAGAACGAUAAUUUGAAGAGAGAGAGAGACGAAGCGAGGAAAAAAUACGAUUCGCUACAAAAGUUAUUGACUAACAGAACAAAAACGGUGGGUUUGCAGUUGAUUGGGGUCGGCAAUCGCGAGUCAUCAUCAACGGCCGAACACGAGAUUCAAGUUGACGUGGUGGGAAUCGAAGAAGAGCAAAGUAACUUCAAAGAUUCACAGGAAUCUGAUCUUUCAGACGAUUAUCGAUCGAGGUCGAGGAAAUCUUCGUUUCGUUCAGAGGACGAAGGCGACGAAUCCCGAUGAAUGAAAUACUAUCAAGUGAGAUUCAUUGCGGCGGACUUUGUUUACAAACUAGCACAUAUCGAAUGCUGACUAUACAAUUUUCGUGUUUGAACUGUACUCGUGUUUAUGAUCGUAGUAAAAGCCCCCAGAUUUUCAAGAAUGGCCUUUAUUUCGAUAGGAAGGCAAUAUUUUGGUAAUUCAGUGGAUUUUAAGCCGUAGGUAUAUGUUUUGUUCGUUUAAGCGUAAAUAUCGAUACUCUAUUCUGUAGCAUUGUGAUGUUUUAGUGUACAAAUCGGUAAAAUUCUACAAAAUAUUUUUAAAAAUGGACUCUUAGUUAAAAAGAGGCAAACUUUCGAUUUCAUAUCUCGAUUGUGUACUCAAUCGCGGUAGGAAACUUCUCAUGUACAUAUUUCUAUCUUUUACUAAAGGUGCGUGUGUUAUAACAGUCUCCGACAUUGUAUUGACACAUGCGAUCUUCAUUGAAUCAAUGAACUGUAAUUGAAUUUCAACUUGUACGAAAGCCCAAACAAGAUAUUUCUGUUUCCCUGUAGAGCAAAUUUUACUUGUUCCUCUUGGAAUGUAUUUGUCAAGGAAUAUAACCAUUAUUUUCAAUAUUUGUCAUGCUGACUUGGCAGAUUUUAAUGUAUGACUUUGUGGGUGUGGUCUCAUGUGACAUGUAAAUUAAACUAUAACUCAUCUUUUUACGACAGACUGAAGUAAAUAUGUAUAUCAACUAUAGAUUUAGUUUGAAGGACUUAAGUAAGGGGUAACCAACCUACAGAACAAUUUGAUUAGUUACUCAAAAUGUUGCUGAAUUAUAUAUCAAGCUUUUGAUUUUCUCUCCUAAACUAAAUACUUACAACUAAGAUGUCAACAUCGUCACUGGAAAUAAAUUGAAGAAACUACACCAUUUUACAGAUUGGUGACAUCAUGUAA